AUGCCACUGGCACGGAUAGCCCGCGCAUUCCACUAUUUCAUCAUCUCGACACGCUAUUUGUUCAGUGAUUCAAGACAGAGGAUCGUUGCCUACGUGCUAAUCUUUCUUUGUUUUCUCACACCCUCAUCCUCUUCGUUUAUUCUUUAUCAAGGAACAACUCCAAAAUUCGAAUAUUUGGGCGUCGAAUCAUUCCGGCAAAUGUCGCAAGUCGAUCGCCGAACCGUUUAUAGCUUCUGUAAACUCGUCGUUUUGAAUCCGGAUAAGAUUAAUUUGAAUCCUCGUCAUUUGUUGCAAGCCAAACCGAUUUGUGAACAAUUCAUUUUGGGUCUCAAGAAGUUUAGAGAGCUGGAAAAGAGUCGGCACAAUCUACAAGGCAGUGUUUUAUAA